AUGUCUUUAUUGAAAAAACCAAGUCAAACUUUUACCUCAAACAGAUCAAUACGGUUUAAUUUUAAUCCUGAUAGUACGGUAACGGAUUACAGAAAUGUUUUAAAACCAUCAUCACCACACAAAAUUAAUGAACCAUUCGAUAGUAACAAACUAAACACAUCUUUAUCAAGUCCAAAAUCAUCUAAACAUUAUAUAAGAAAUCCAAAAUUGUCUUCUUCACCAUUAAAAUUUGAUAUCAAAGAUGACUCCCAUAAAUCAGAAACCUUAUCACUAGAAGAUCAAAAAUAUCAAUUAAAACAAAAAUAUUUAAAAAAGUUGAAAAACAUCCAAAUACAAGAACAAGAAAUAAAUUUAUCAAAAUUUGAAUUAAAAGAAAUAGAAUGUGAAUUAGAAGAAAUUAAUAGAAAAUUAAUCUUAAAAUCACCAAAUAAACCAAAUGAUUUUUUUAAUCAAGCAUUUAAUCAAACUGAGAAAGAUUUAAAAAAUUUAAAACUAGAUACAUCUAAACAGAGUCACGACCAGCUUGAAAGUCCUUUAAAAAUCAAGACUUCUUAUUUUAUAAAUUCUGCAAUUGAUGAAUUUCAACAAAUUCAAAAAAAAGCAUCAACAAUUUUUAAUGAUGAUAAAGAAAAUAACAACACCAAAUCUAGUCUACCAAAUAUAUUCAAAAACUCAAAUAACAAAAUAGGAACACUAAGUAAACAGACAAGUCAAUUUUUUAAUGAUACAUUAAAACAAAUAUCUCCUUCAAAAGAACAAACUACAAAUAUUGAUGAAAUCGAUGAAUUUGAUAUAGAUCAUUUAAAUAAUGAUGUUCAAGUUCUUUAUGAAAAUAUAGAUAUUGAUGAAUAUAAUUCAAGUUUUGAAGAUUAG